AUGAAAAUCGUUAUUGAGGAACUGCACUCAAGGGGCCACCAAGUUUCUGUUGUACGAGCAUCAGACAGCUGGUACAUCAAGGAAAACUCCCCGUUCUACACUUCAAUUACACUCAAUGCAGAGUCUGGAUUUGAUGAAGAAUUUUUAACUGCGUUUGUGACCCAGUUGCUGGAAAUCCAGAGGGAAGGAAAGUCUUUGUGGACACGUCUCAAACUGGAAAUUGAAGUGGCACAAAAGUCUGCUGAAAUGAACGAGAAAGGAUGCAAAAUGAUUGAGCUGCUUUUUGAAAACAAAGAUCGGAUGCAGUCACUACUGGAUGCCAAAUACGACCUUGUCCUUGCAGACCCUGUUUCACCAAUCGGGUCCGAGCUGUCAGAUAAAAUGAGCUUUCCUCAGAGACUCCUUAACAUAUUCAUUUUUGGCUACACAGAGUUUCAAAUUGCGUAUUAUAUUUUACCAUAUUAUGUCGGCCUUGUUAGUAAAUAUUUAGGUCCAGACGCAGACUAUUUAUCCCUGUUUCAAGCGGCAGACAUUUGGCUGAUGAGAGCGGACUUUGUGUUUGAGUUCCCUCGUCCCACCAUGCCUAAUGUUGUCUAUAUGGGAGGAUUCCAGUGUAAACCUGCAAAACCUCUUCCUGAACACCUGGAGGAGUUUGUGCAGAGUUCUGGAGAGCAUGGAGUCAUUAUAAUGUCUCUGGGAACCUUAAUUGGAGAGCUUCCCCGUGACCUAGCUGAUGAGAUUGCUGCAGCUUUUGCUAAAUUACCUCAGAAAGUCAUCUGGAGAUAUAAAGGUAAAAGACCAGCUACUCUGGGCAACAACACUUUGAUAGUAGACUGGAUGCCACAGAAUGAUCUUUUAGGACAUCCCAAGAUGAAACUUUUUGUGGCUCAUGGAGGAACAAACGGCGUUCAAGAGGCGAUAUACCACGCAGUACCUAUCCUAGGACUUCCAUUAAUUUUUGAUCAGCGUGAUAAUCUGUUAAGAAUUGAGGUAAGAGGAGCAGGAAAGAUGAUUGAUAUUUUUAGUAUGAAUGAAGACCUUCUUUCAGCCAUUCAGGAAGUCCUGAAUGAGCCCUCCUACAGGAUGAACAUGCAGAGACUCUCCAGGCUGCACAGAGAUCAGCCAAUAACCCCGUUGGAGAACGCCCUCUUCUGGUUAGAGUUUGUUAUGAGACACAAAGGUGCAGCUCACCUGAGAACAGAGUCCUACAAAAUGCCCUGGUAUUCCUAUCACUCUGUAGAUGUGCUUCUGUCUUUUCUGGCUGCUGCUGGGGCGAUCACUUCCCUCGCUCUUGAGCAGCAGCAGUAA